AAAAUAAGAGGAAAUUCUCUCUCCGGGGCUCGUUUGAGGAAUUUCGUGGGCUGCGAACGGUCGCCAUGUUUUAGACGAGUGUAUGUGCUGCGGCGGUGAGUGCGUCCUUGAGGAAAGAGCCCUAUCUCGCGUAGACCGUGUCUCUACCUCGAAACACACAGAACGAACGAAAAAAAAGAAACAAUGUAUCAUAAAAAAUUAGAUAUAUCACAUAAUCGUAAUAUUACGUGAGAUACCUAAUUAACGAUAUAAUUGCGUUGAAUACGACUGUCAAGUUGAUCAUAGUGGAUGGUGGCUCUACGACGCGAAAAUUUGUGAUUACAUUAUGUGUCAUGUGUAAUGAGUGAUAAACAGGGUGCACCAAAUUUGCCGCCCCUCGCGGGGGGUGGAAAUAACAAUGGAACAAGCAACCCAAGUACGACCCAGCAAACGGUUAGUUUGCAACAAGUACUUGCAACUGCUCAGGGUCUCAAUGUUCUUACCACCGGAGGUGGACAACAGUUCGUCAUCACGUCACAAGUUCCUGGCCUCACACAGGUGUUGUCGGCUGGAGGAACAGCAAACGCGACGGGUCUUCAGCAAGUCGGAUUUCCUCGGAUCGUCAAUAUCGGUGGAGGAUCGCAACGGGUUAUUGGUGUGGCAUCGGCGAGUGGUUCGCCAUUGUCAUCGCCGAAUCGUCAGACAAAAGUGGUACUCGCAACAUCCCCGAAGCUCGUGAGAACGUCGUUAGGAAAUGUGUUCGUGACGCCAACGUCACAAUCGUCGAUCAAUAGUAUAGUUGGUCAGGCGGGUUCCACGUCGCCAUCGCCAGCACGAAAAAAAUUGCGUCUCACAGAAACAACGGAGAAAAUAACGGCCUCGGAUGAUUCGGCACUCGUUGGAAAUGCGACAACGGUUGGUAGCGCGACGACGACGACAACUACAACGACGACAACCACGUCGACGAGUUAUCGUCGUCGAAUAAUGGAACACAAAAUGAAAAGGAUGCGAGCGAUUCGUGAAAAAUACGCGGAAAAUGCGUCCGAACUGUUUUUUCUACACGCCGGUGGAAACAUGAUGGAUUUUCACAAUUGGAAAAGGCGGCCACCGACUCCUCAGUAUCUUCUCUUUCUACGACAACACAGACUCGAUCCUGAGGACGACGACGAGGACUUGACCGUUCCUCUCGCUCCCGUUAAUAAUCCCGUCAACGAGAUUGUUCUCGCGAGCUGCGGCGCUCCCACGACGAUCGUCGUUCCUGGCAAUCCUUCCCACAAUACCAAUCCUAAUUUUAAUAAUCCCACCACCCCGAUCACCCAAAGUAACGAGAUCAAAAUCACCAGUAUCGGUGCCACUCCUGUUGCUGUUUCUACCACGUUGCCUGCUGCGGUUGCUCAACUUAGCCAACAAGGACAAAUACCAGGUAGACCUCAGGGUGGUCGUCACGGAAUGGUUUUUGCCAUUCGGGCGACGAUUCAAACACCGUCACAAGUAAUCGUCACCACCACCACAACCACCACCACCACCACCACCACAGCUCACUCCUCACCCAAUUCUACCAUAGCACCCACGAUCAUUAUAGGCGGAACGCCGAUUAUUCCUGAGGCUCCAAGACCUCAGCCAACGGAAACACCGAUCGCGGUGACGACCAGCUCGACUUCUGCAGUGACUUUUGCGACGACUGCUGCGAAUACAACGAUCGCGUGUCCAAAUGUCGAACAAUUUACAGUUGAGACACCAACUUCGGUGACCGAGAUGAAAAAUGAAACAACACCUUCGACAACAGUUGUAACGACAACUACAAAUGUUGCGACCACCACCGCAAGCACACCUUCCCCUCAGCCAGUCGUAAAACUCGUUAAAUUGCCUUCAGCCAGCUCGAACAAUCUUCCCAUUUCUGAGAGUCAGAACAAUCAAGAACAAAUAGUCGAAAAAGCGAAACAAGAAGCUUACGUUAUGCAGAGAAUAGCGGAACUACAGAGGGAUGGUCUCUGGUCCGAAAGACGUUUGCCCAAAGUCCAAGAACCAGCGAGAACCAAAGCUCAUUGGGAUUAUUUACUCGAGGAAAUGGUUUGGCUCGCCGCCGAUUUUGCCCAAGAACGAAAAUGGAAAAAAGCCGCUGCGAAAAAAUGCGCGAGGAUGGUCCAAAAACAUUUUCAAGAAAAAGCUAUUCAGGCACAAAAAGCGGAAAAAUCGCACGAGCUUAGGCUUAAAAAAAUUGCUGGUUUCAUGGCGAAAGAAAUCAAAACUUUUUGGACCAACGUUGAGAAGCUCGUCGAGUUUAAGCAACAAACGAGGCUGGAAGAGAAACGAAAGAAAGCUCUUGAUCAACAUCUUAAUUUCAUUGUUGGACAAACGGAAAAGUAUUCAACUUGGUUGACCGAAGGACUCAACAAAACCGAGGGCAAUCCAAGCAUGCCUGUUUCUAUCAACAGCUCGAGAAUUUCUUCCCCUGUACCAACUAGUAAACAACAUUCGGAUGAUGAGUUCGAGCCGAAUCAGAGUUCCGAGGAUGAUGAAGAGACGAUAGCGAAAGCCGAGGAAGAAAUGCAAUCAGUGACGAAUCACAAAGAAGAGGUUGAACUUUUGAAAAAAGAAUCGGAAAUACCUCUCGAGGAUCUUAUCAAAGAAUUGCCACCGAACUAUCUUGAGGAACGGGACAAAAGUUUGUCACCUUCUCCGAAAGAAAGUGCAGAGGAAGGUAAUGAUUCCGUAGUCGAUGGCGAUGCGGAAUUCACCGUUGCAUCUGAUGAAUCUUCCGAUGAUGAGAAUACUAUCAUGGAGCAGGAGAAAUUGGAAGGAAAUACUAAUCAUCAGAAAGAACUUGACGAUCUUAAGGCCGAGAACGAAAUGUCUAUCGAUGAACUGAUGGCCAAGUACGGGAAUAUGGCGGAUACAUCUAUGGACGUCGACGUUGAGUCUGAUCAUGAAUCUGCUGGUGAUUCGGACAAAGAUGAAAUGGACCAACAAGACGAGAAAUCCGAAAGCGAGAGCGAAAGUGAAGAUGAAACGAAAGAAGAUGAAGAAGAUUCACAAACUCAGAGUGACGGUGAAACCGACGUUGGUUUGAAAUCUCUGCUGGAGGAUUUGUCUAGCGAUAAUAAACCGGACGAUAAAAAUAAAUCUGGCGACGGUGAGCAGUGCGAAAAUCACAACGAAAUGGAUGACGUUGCUGCACUCGCAGAGAGUAUACAGCCCAAGGGAAAUACGCUUCUCACAACGAGUGUCGUCACGAAAAUACCAUUUUUGCUGAAACAUUCAUUGCGCGAAUAUCAGCAUAUUGGUUUGGACUGGCUCGUAACAAUGUACGAGAGAAAAUUAAACGGUAUUCUCGCGGACGAGAUGGGCUUGGGAAAAACCAUACAAACGAUUGCACUACUGGCUCAUCUUGCUUGUGAAAAAGGCAAUUGGGGACCGCAUCUCAUAAUUGUACCAACGUCAGUUAUGCUCAAUUGGGAAAUGGAAUGUAAGAAAUGGUGUCCUGGCUUCAAGAUCCUUACGUAUUAUGGGACGCAAAAAGAGAGAAAACAAAAGCGUACCGGUUGGACGAAACCAAAUGCGUUUCACAUAUGCAUUACUUCGUAUAAGCUCGUUAUACAAGAUCAUCAAAGUUUUCGAAGAAAAAAAUGGAAAUAUCUCAUUCUCGAUGAGGCGCAAAAUAUCAAGAAUUUCAAAUCUCAGCGAUGGCAAUUGUUACUCAAUUUUCAAACUCAAAGGAGACUUUUAUUGACUGGCACACCGUUGCAAAACAACCUCAUGGAACUUUGGUCCCUGAUGCAUUUCUUAAUGCCAAACGUUUUUCAAUCACAUCGAGAGUUCAAAGAGUGGUUCAGUAAUCCGGUAACCGGGAUGAUCGAAGGAAAUAGCGAGUACAACGAAAACAUUAUUCGACGUCUUCACAAGGUUCUUCGGCCAUUUUUGCUACGGAGGUUAAAAACCGAGGUGGAAAAACAAUUGCCAAAGAAGUACGAGCACGUGGUCAUGUGCCGAUUAUCCAAAAGGCAGCGAUAUUUGUACGAUGAUUUCAUGUCGAGAGCCAAAACGAAGGAAACGCUAGCAAGCGGAAAUCUUUUGAGUGUUAUAAACGUGCUUAUGCAAUUGCGAAAAGUAUGCAAUCAUCCAAAUCUGUUUGAAGUACGACCAACGGUUUCGCCAUUUCAAAUGGAUGCGAUUGAGUUCGUGACUGCUUCAUUGGCGUGGAGCGCCCUCGAUUACAAUCCUUUCAAGUCUGUCGACCUCGCAGCGGUGAAUCUCCUUUUGAUAAAUCUAGAGUUCACGACGACGGCUUUUGUCGCUCAUCGUGUAAAGCGACUUAAAACACCGCGCAAACUUAUCGAAGAAAUCGAUAGUUUGCCGGAACCGCCGCCACGAUGUCCAUCCGGAAAAAUAAAAAUAAACGUAAGACUCUCGAAUCAAACUAAGGCACCGGUAGCUCCACCACCACCGACAACACCAAAAGUUAAGAACUUUACGGGGAUCGUUCAAAAUCCACGAACCCCCAAUUCUCCACUCAUUAAAACUAUCAACAAUCAGGCGAGUCCUGGACAAGGUGUCACUCUGAGGGUUGCAGGCGGCCAGCAAUUACAGGGGUACUCUGUCCAACUUGUUCAACACCAGGGUAGUGUGAAAGCUUUUCCUGUGGCGACUUUGGCCCACAAUCCUACGGGAAGCUCGAGUACAACGACCACGAGUCCUGGGAGCUUGAAUACCCAAAGAAUAACAGUUGGAAAUGCGAACAUCAGAGAUGGUCUUCAGCGACUCACGACUCAAACGGUCACAGUGAAACAGGGUGAUUCAGUUCAGAGGAUAGCUGUGCCCAGUUUCGCUCAACUCGUCCAAACUUCAACGGGACGACACAUCAUCCUCACGUCGAAUCAACAAAACACCAACACCGGUGAGUUCGUUUCCUUCCCGGUUAUGACAUCGAGUGGGCCUCGUCUUACGGUACUCUCAAAAUCGUUGAUGGGUCUCUCAACGGCUACUAAAGUGGUCGGGAGUGUUGUUACUACGACAACAAAUGCUGGAGGAAGAUUGGGAAUGAGAGUUCCUUCGUUGAACGUUAAUACGUCGCCUAUUCAAGUAGCCACUGCUUUGCAACAGCAACAGCCGCAACAGCAACAAUCAUUGCGAUGCGGUAUCGUUACUAGAAGCGCUCAGAAAGAACCCGUUAAAGUUCAACCGAAAGAAGAACCGAAGUCCGAAUUUCACAUCCCGCAACUGGAGGAAGAAAGACGAAAGAGGCGACAAUCAAAGCUGCAAAGUAUAGCGGAUGUGAACGAAAGAAGAUGCGCAGCGUGUCCAUUGUACGGGGAGGAUUUGUUUACAGCAUUGCGGAUAGAAAAGCCAGCAACAGUAUGUCAAUGGCACAACGGUUCGCUUCACUGUAAAAACGCGAAAGAAACGGCGCGUACGAGAAAACAAUUUUUUUCGCGUACCGAGGCAUUGGCAGCGGCGAUUAAAUCGACAGAAGAGAUAGUGGAAGAACUGAAAGACGUGUUUCAACGUUUCGUCGUUUACGUGCCAGCGGUGCGUGCGCCAACGCCGCGUUUCCAUGUUUCACAUCCUUCGCCACACAAAUUUUGGUCGCAGCAACGCGUUCGUCUGGCACUCGAGACUGAAUUCUCACGGAAAAUGGAAAUAGUUCAUCCAGUUGCUAGCGCAAUGAUGACGCAAUUCCCCGAUCCACGGUUAAUACAAUACGAUUGCGGAAAAUUACAGUCCCUCGACCGUCUUCUGAGAAAUCUCAAGGCCGAUAAUCAUCGCGUACUUAUAUUUACUCAAAUGACGAGAAUGCUCGACGUUCUUGAAGCUUUCCUCAAUUUCCACGGUCAUAUUUAUUUACGAUUGGACGGAACGACCAAGGUCGAUCAACGACAAGUUCUCAUGGAACGUUUCAACGGCGACAAACGAAUUUUUUGCUUUAUACUGUCUACAAGAUCCGGUGGUGUUGGCGUCAAUCUCACUGGUGCUGAUACUGUCAUCUUCUACGACAGCGAUUGGAAUCCAACAAUGGAUGCACAAGCCCAGGAUCGUUGCCACAGGAUAGGACAAACGAGAGACGUCCAUAUUUAUAGGCUCGUCAGUGAUAGAACCGUCGAAGAAAAUAUUCUCAAAAAGGCGAAUCAGAAAAGAUUGCUCGGUGACCUUGCCAUUGAAGGAGGCAACUUCACUACUGCUUACUUCAAAAGUUCAACGAUUCAAGAUCUCUUUAACGUCGAUCAAACGGAGAAUGACGCUUCAACGCGAAUGGCUGAUGUGUUGGAUCAGAACCGCGAUCGCGACAAAGCUCUGCACCGCGAAGCGACAGUUGCCUCGGCGAGUUCACAACCUACGGAGGAGAAAGUAGCGAUCGGGGCAUUGGAAAGUGCCCUCGCCGCUGCCGAAGAAGAACUUGAUGUCCAAGCUGCGAAAACCGCAAAAGCCGAGGCUGUUGCGGAUCUCGCUGAGUUUGACGAAAAUAUACCUCUGGAUGAGACCGAGCGAGACGAUCCACAGUUCAGCAAAGCCGAACAGGAGGUCCAAAAUUUGGUAUCCCAGUUGACACCGGUGGAGCGAUACGCAAUGAAGUUCGUCGAGGAGGCUGAGGGCAGUUUUUCAGCAGCUCAAUUGGCGGCAGCGGAGCGUGAGCUGGAGCAACAGAAAAAGGAAUGGGAGUUGGACCGUCUGCGGGCGUUGCGAGAGGAGGAAGAGCGCCGUUUACGUUUGGCAGACGAUGACGAGAAGCCGCUGACAUUUGGACGCGAGGAUGCCCAAAAUCAGGUUAACAAUACUAGUAAUAAUAAGCGCGUAGGUGUUAGAAAGCGAGCUUGUCCGGAAGCGAAUCGUGGCGGCAGCGGUAGAAUGAUGGAGAACGCGAGAAUAGGUGUUAGCGCGAAACGCCGAGGUUCGUUGCGUGGUUGCAACAACAAACGGCGUACUAGGGUAAGAGAACAAUCGAUCACUGAGAGCGAAGAGGAGGAUGAUACGACGACGGAUUCCGACGAUUCGGAGGAGUCUCAAGACGAUGACCUCGUCGAGGACAGUCCCGACGAGGAAUCGUCGCACACCGAGAGUCAGAGUCAGGGCGAUGAGGAGGAAGAGGAAGAAGAAGCGGAGGACGAGGACGAAGUUGAGAACGAUGAUAACGAUGAUGAGGACGAGGAGGGAGACGAAGACGAGGAAUUCCGCGAUACGAGGAACUCGAUAGAUCGUGGGGGCACUCGUGGCAACGCUAAUUUUCCAAAACGACGUAAUCGUCUCAACAAAUCUUCCGAGCGAAAUAACAGGUGGGACAUCAACAGUCCGCGCACAAGAUCACGCGGCAACGUCAAAAUAAACCUCUGGGCCCUCGACGUGAGCCCCAUUCUACCCGGUGCCAAACCUACUUUUCGUAACAAUCGUAAAUUCGUGGCCAGAGGUAGAAAAAAGUCAGACCGAAGCAAAUCCGACGAUGGUUUUGUUCUUCCAAUGUCACCUCUCAGCCCUAAGAAAAAUAUUCAUUCUCUGAGCUCUAGUACUGUGGAAAAAGCAGCGAAAAUCGCCGAUGAAAAAUCCACCGAGGAGGAAGAUGACGAUGAUCAAUCUGCUCAGACUUGGCCUACUAAAAGAAAAAAUAGUGCGAAUGAAAAUUUUGGCGACGAGAGCGCAAAUGAUAACAAUCAAAUGACUUCAUCGCCCGUCGUAACUGUAUCCAAAAUGGCCAAUGUUGAGAUAUUGAUCGCUGAGAAAAUGUCCGAGAUGUCGAGCAGUAUGGAAAUGUCGCAAAGCGACGAAAGCGCGGAGCACGAACGAUCUUGUGCCUUCUCUUCUGACUCGAGAAGUAACGAAGAAGAGGAUUCUUACGACGUUGCCUCGGCGGUGGGACAGCUCAAAGCAACAACAAACAAUUUUCCUCGUGUAGAAAUUGCUGUGACUGAUUUUUCGAUUGGAAAUCAAGAAAACGAAAAAGAAACUGUUCCUCUGAGCGAAAUCACGAAAACCGGGCGUACGAGAUCGAAACCUGGUCUCAAACGUUUGACGCAAACUUUCGACGCGAGCUUCGACGAAUCCGGCGUGAACAGUAAAUUCGAAAGCGAAUCAUUGAUCGCUGGUACAACGAACAAAAGCGGUAUUUUACAUGUGACAAGAUCGACUCACAAAUCUUGCACAACUUUUGGAAAGAGCGUCAACGACGAAGAAACUACUAAUUCGGAAAUAAAUUCCAAUCUAAAAAUUUCUUCCCCCGAAAUGAGUCACGAGGAAUCGCAGUUGAACGAAAGUACGGAAAGCGAAGCAGCAGCGAUAACGAAUUCAAAUUCUUCUGUAACAAAAAGAUCAACCAUUUCAUUGACUCGCGCAAGUCGACGAUCGAACGCCAAAUCUGUGACACCGGAUCGCGACAAAGCCUCCGCGGGCUUGGAUUGUCCCGUCGAAUCGAACGUUGAGGCAUCGCAGAAAACACGCAACGUCGCAAAACGUUCACAAAGCAAAAUACAACUCGAAGACGUUGCUACCGAAACGUGUCCGGAGAAGGUGGAAAACCCGACGAAAGGAAACGAUGAAAAUGAUUUGAAAAAUGAAAACGUUCAAUCCGAAAUUGAAAACAAAGAAAUCAUCGUUGAUAACGAAACGAUGAAUAAAAACGUCAAACCGAAUUCCGCCGAAGCGGACAAAUCAAUUUCGUCUCAGGUUGAUAAAAAAAUAAUUCUCAGCUCAUUCGUAUUUUCAAAUCCAUCGAUAGGGUUAUGCGACAAACUGAACGCAGAGCCUCGGGUCCAUUUGCGAAGGCCGGACACGCCAUUGCCGGGCGUGGUGACGCGUCGUACAAAGCCAACUUCCGGUUCUGAAGCUUCGACAUCCGGUUCGUCGAACGAGACGGAAGCAAAGUUGUCUUCCUUGCAAAUACGUAAAUCAUUAGAAGGCCGUAGGAGCACUAGACUGAGCAGUGGAUUGUCCUCGGAAUCGCAGGAUCUCGAGUUGGCAAUGCAAAAUAUUAUUAAAUGUGAAGCGAAAGUCGUUUUAAUCAAGAGACCGGAAAUACCGAGCGGAGAGCAAUUGAAAAUGAAGAAACCGGCUAUUUCUUCGUCCUCGGUUGUCAACGCGUCGUCCUUAAUGACUUCCCAUUUAACGGCGAAUUCUCCUAAAAUCGUAGUCAAAAAGUUGGACACUCGAGUCACAAGAUCUUCGUUGAGUUCGAACCCGGACAACGUCAAAACGAAUGUUUCUUCGUCGGUGAAUGAUCGACCUACCACUCGACGAUCCAGGCCUAGCCUCGACAAUGGUUUUCUCGUGCCUCAAGCGAUUCCUCGGAGAAUCAAAUCGCCGGGAGGAGGAGCCAGCGAAAAUGUGAGCCAGCCGACGAUAAGGUUGAACCGUAAAUUCACCAACGAGACGGUCCAGCAAGCAACGAGCGUUUCGAGUUUCCCAAUGUCCCAAAAACGCCGACCCGACACUCCCUUGCCGUCGAUCGAUUCGCCGACAAGGGUGACUCGAUCGCGCGCUGACGUAAAUAGUCAAAAUUCUAUUGUACCCAAGACUAAAAAUUUACGUCGUAAUUCUACAAACAACGAAUCGAUUACGGGAUUGAGUCGUUCGAUUUCGCCUCCUGGCUGCCUCGUUAAGCAGGGCGAUGCGAAUGAUACGGAUUCCAACGGUAAUGCGGUUGCCCAUGAAAGCAGCAUCGGCAAAAUAACGACCGAUCAGAAUUCGAGCGCGAGUCAUUUCGAGAAUGAAAAGCCUCAGAGAACGGCCAAAGUUGUCGCGAUACUCACUCUUGAAUCUCGUGGCAAUAAUCACAGAGGUCCGACCCCGACGAGUCCUGUAAAAAAAUCGACCGACGACAACGAAACUAAAUGCACAAUCAUUAGUAGCAGCAGCAACGCUUCUUCAAUCGACGUCGAUAGCGAAUCCGAGAGCGAAACAUUCGUCAACGAUUCCAAUUCGACGCGUAAAAUAUCUGCAAGAAAGAAUAUCAAGAGAACGCGAAUGUCGAUUGGUAAAUCGUUGAUUAGCGAUGAUUCCGAUGAGCAAUUUCUUGACAUUGUUGACGAGAGCAAAGACGAUGAUUCGCCGAUUCAACCAACGAGGAAACUCGUCAAAUUACACUCGGCAGCGACGUCCAUUGACAAAUUUAACAGUACGGCCUCUUGAUUAAAAACUCCAUUGAUAAUUCAUACAACUGCGAAAUUUUAGUGAAUUAAGGAGACGAUGAAAAACACGUAAAACAGAUUAUUACGCAAGCAAACAGUCGAGCUCACGUGGAAAAUUUAUCCCUGAAAUUCGUAAUGAGUGAGAAUAGAGAUUGAAUUUUAUUCUAUUUUUCUUUCAUCUGUGAUAAAGCUCCAUAAAAUUGGUAUUCGUUCAUUAUAUGUAUGUCGAUGAACGUUCAUCGUGUUUUGAAAGAAAACUCUAAAAUACUUUCCUGUCAGAGGAAAUAAAUGAUUGUGAAUUUGAAUUACAUUUUGAUCGGAGUUGUUUUAUAGUUGAGUAAGUACCGAGAGAAUUCUUUUGGUAUACUAAAAAUUUGACGUAUUGAUGAAAGAUUCUGCACAACAUUUCGAAAACAAAACCUCUUUUGACCACAUUGUUUCUGUCUCUCGUUACGAAAACGUUUUUAAAUGACGAAUAACCAAUUAUAUGGUGAAUUUGUAAAGGUGCGUCUUGAUUUCUCACUGUCAAGUCGCUCAGUAUGGAAUUUCCCCAUCGCCCGCCUCGAUACGAGAUUCAAUUUUUUUCUUUUCAGUUAAUUGAACGAAUAAUCGAAGCUGGAAUAUACCCUCGUCCAAUCCAAUUUUUGUAAAUAUAUCGUGUGGAAUGUCGCAGGGUUUACAGCGAGAAAUGAAAACAGGGGAAAGUCUUCGUUCGUGUGAAUAAUCAGUAAAAAAAAAAAAAAAACAUAAAAAAAAGAAACAAAAAAGAAAUUCUCGAGCAAACUCUUAAUCCGUUGAACCGCGACGAUUGAGAGUGCUUCUUUUAGUAAGCUUUGUACAGAACGAGUGGAGUAAAUAGAAUCGUUCCCCGCGACUCUAGAUUAGGAAGAGCAAAAAAAUAAUAGACAAUGAACAUAAAAAGAGAAGUGAAGCGAAGAGAACAUUCGCAUGUGUGUAAUAUAGAGGUGACGUAUCGAAAUGACAGUGGAUUAUGUAAUUAACCGAUGACUGAAGGUUAAAUAAUUAACAACAACAACAAAAAAAAGAAGAAAGAAACCCCUUGUAUACUGGGUCCGUUAAUAUAAUUUAUAUAUUUCGUGAUAAACGAGACUCAUGACUGUACUAUAUUAGCUUUAGAUUAUUGAAAAGACUAACGAAGAAAAAUGGAGAAGUAACAAACGAGCAAAAAAUAUUAUGAAGGAUUAUAAAAAAAAAAAAAAACUAUAUAUUCAGACGCAAUGCCGAUGGCACGCGAAAACAAAACACCCACACACACACACACACACACACACACACACACACACACACACACACACACACACACACACACACACACACACACACACACACACACACACACACACACACACACACACACACACACACACACACACACACACACACACACAAAAUUGUUCGUUGUUAAUGUUUGUUGUUGAGUGAAACGAAAAUUGUUCUGCUGCGAAGCUCUCGAGCAUUUUCGUAAACAAUUGAAAGAGAUAAAUGGCUUCUCUCUUCUUACGAAUCACGUCGCAGCCAGCCCCAUCCGUAAUAUUUAAAUUCUCGGAAAAUCUACACCUCACCUAUACUUGUACCGCGUUUAAAAAUUAAGUUGCGUGCCUGAAUUUUUUGUAUGAUCGAAUGCGUGUGGUGUUCCCUCCCUAUUGAAGGAGAUUUCGAAGUGAGAGUGUGCGUGGAAUAUAAAAUUGAGAGAGAGAAAGAGAGAGAGACAACAACGGAAUAUUCCUUGCUAUGAAUAAAGACGAAAGAAAAACCUCUA